ACAUUCAUUCUUUCCGCAUUAUUAAGCUGCUCCAUUACCCUGAGCAGGAACAACAGACACCAGCGCCCCCUGGCUGCAUGCACGCAGUCCUGCAUGACGCUGGGAAUAAAAAGCUCCAUCAUCCUCCUGCGAUACGAGCAUCGUUUAGAGGAGACAGGGCAUCCUCCCCACCCUUCGACACUCAUGAAUACCGACUAGGGUCGCUCAUUAACGGACACACAGAGCGCUAUAAGGACAGCAUUAUGGCGAAACACCGUAAAGAAAGAGACAGCUGGGGGUCCCUCAGUGACAAACAGGUCUACGACUGGAGCUCAGAGGAGGAGGAGCCUGACGGACGAGCCCGGCCCGUGCAGGUGCUGCUGGUCAAAGACGACCACACCUUCGAGCUGGACGAGGCGGCGCUGAGCCGCAUCCUGCUGGCGGAGGAGGUCAGGGACCGAGAGGUGGUGGCCAUCUCUGUGGCCGGAGCUUUCCGCAAGGGCAAGUCCUUCCUCAUGGACUUCAUGCUGCGCUACAUGUACAACCACGCGUCUGAUGGCUGGCUGGGGGUCGCAGACGAGCCUCUGACCGGCUUCUCCUGGAGGGGGGGCUCCGAGAGGGAGACCACCGGGAUCCAGAUCUGGAGCGAAGUCUUCCUGGUGGACAAGCCCGACGGAAGAAAGGUGGCUGUUCUGCUGAUGGACACACAAGGCACGUUCGACAGCCAGUCGACACUGCGGGAUUCAGCCACCGUGUUUGCCCUGAGCACCAUGAUCAGCUCCAUGCAGGUUUACAACAUCUCACAGAAUGUGCAAGAGGACGACCUUCAGCACCUUCAGCUCUUCACUGAGUACGGCAGACUCGCUAUGGAGGAGACUUUCCUUAAACCGUUCCAGUCGAUGAUCUUCCUGGUUCGAGACUGGAGCUUCCCCUACGAGUUCCCCUACGGACAGGAGGGCGGCAUGAAGUUCCUGGAGAAGAGACUGAAGAUCUCAGAGAACCAGCACGAGGAGCUGCAGAACGUGCGGAAACACAUCCACUCCUGCUUCACCAACAUCUCCUGCUUCCUGAUGCCUCACCCCGGCCUCAAGGUGGCCACCAACCCGCACUUUGAUGGGAGGAUUAUCGAGAUAGACGGCGAGUUCAUAAACAACCUGAAGGUCUUGGUCCCGUGGCUCCUCAGUCCUCGUAACAUCGACGUGAAGGAAAUUAACGGCAGUAAAAUCACCUGCAGAGGUCUGCUGGAGUACUUCAAGGCAUACAUCAAGAUUUACCAGGGGGAGGAGCUGCCGCAUCCAAAGUCCAUGCUGCAGGAGUUGCCCAAGGUGUGA